AUGUCUUCGGAUCCCCGCAACGCCCUCAGCGCCCUCCUUCGGGCCGCUGAUAUCGAAGACCACGAACAGAUUCUCAACGCCGCCAAUGCUGCCCUCAAGGCCGACAGGACCGACCAUGACGCCGAACACACCAAGGUGGUCGCCCUCCUGAAGCUCGAUCGCUUCGACGAUGCCCUCCGCAUGAUCAGCGGCGGGGGAAUCAAGCUUCAGGCCGUCUGCAUUCUCGAACAGGCCUAUGCGCUGUACAAGACCGGCAAGCUGACUGAGGCUUCCGAUCUGCUCGAGACACGUGGCUUGGAGAAACGAAGCCUUCGGCACGUUGCCGCCCAGGUCGCUUACAGAGCCGAGAAAUUCCACAACGCCGAGAGCAUUUACAGGCACCUGCUGGAUACAGAACCCAAAAACGAAGAGAGCGAUCUCAAAAUCAACAUCACCGCCGCUGUUGCUCAGAGCCAAUGGACAGACAUCCCCUCCUCUAGCCUGGCAGUGGCCCCCGAAACGCUGGAUACCUUUGAGCUGUGCUACAACAUGGCCUGCGGCGAGCUUGCUCGGGGAAACACAAGCGUUGCCCUUACUCUCUUACAGCGCGCUGCCAUGCUUUGCGACAACUCAGACGAGCUCAGCGACGAAGAUAAGAAGAUUGAGCUGAGAUCUAUCCGCGCCCAACAGGCGUAUCUGUUUGCCAAGAUUGGAAAGCCUAGUUCGGCCCUGGAAGUCUACGAGAUGCUCGGUCCUCCAACCGGCAAAGAUGGCCGUGACUUCGCCGUCAUUACCCAAAACAACCACUUUGCUCUGGAGGAAGCCGGCAAUCCAUUCGUGCGCCAGCGGAAGGCAGAGUCCUUGAUGGCAUCAGCAGCACAAAGCGACCUCUUCAGCUACCAGUCCAACAUCCUCAAACGAAACAACCUGGUCAUUGACCUUGGUGCCUUCAAGACCAAGGGCGUCGCGGAGAGGACAGAAAAGACUCUGACCCAGGCAAAGCUCCCUUCAGCAAACCCGCAAAUCAACAUCUCCUCCGUCAUCAAUGCGGCUGCUCACACUCAAGGUCUGGACAGCAAAGAGGCUCUUCGGAAAUUGCAGGCCUUGGCGGCUAAGCGUCCCAGCGAUGUCGGCAUCGUCUUGGCUGUCGUGCAGCUACAGAUAAGGGAACAGCAGGGCGGCGCUGCUCUGACGACUCUCACGUCUUUCCUCAGCCGCUUGGAGAAUUCCGAGGAUGCAAACGAUAUAGACACCCGCUACAGUCCUGGUAUAGUUGCCCUGACGGUGUCGUUGAUGCGAUCGCAGCGGCGGGAAUCAUCGGCCAAGGCUGAGCUUGUCAAGGCCGCCAAGUGGUGGCAGAACCGUCCCACCCAUUCCGUCGGCUCACUCCUCCUCGAGGCUGGAAUCGAGCUCAUGCGAUCUUCCAACACAGACGACUUGAAGUUGGCGGGCGCAUCCUUUGACAAGCUAUUCCGAGAGGCACAGGAGUCCGACAUUGCUGCGGCUGGGCUGGUAGCUGCCUUUGCGGCAUCUGAAGCCAACAAGGUCAAGCAAUACUCGGACAAGCUGCCGCCCGUCCACGACCUCAUUAGCGGCAUCGACGUGGACGCCCUCUUCGACGCUGGCGUGGCCGUCGCCCGCAGCAACACCGCCUCCAAGAAGCGACCAGCCUCAGACGAGGCCAACGCCGAAAAGGCAACCAAGCGACGAAGGAGAAAGCUCCCCAAGAACUACGUCGAGGGCAAGACUGCCGAUCCAGAGCGAUGGCUGCCCCUCCGCGACAGGUCGUCGUACCGACCUAAAGGCAAGAAGGGCAAGAAGAGAGCCGGAGAGGCCACGCAGGGAGGCAUCGUCAAAGAGGAGGAAACGCUCGGCCUUGUAGGUGGAGGGGGCGUCAAGGUGGAAAAGGCACCCGCGCCUUCAUCGAACAACAAGAAGAAGAAGAAGGGCAAGAAAUAG